AUGACCACCCAUGCCUGCAGAAGCCUGAUUCACCGUCUGAGUCUACUGCGCCCAACCAGACCAGCAGCCUGCUUCAACACCAAGCUCCCAUACAGCACAUGUUCAAACGACAGCGCAACGAAACCACAGCAACACGCGAACCAAGCCCUGAGUCCCGCGACACAUCACCACGACGGGCAAACCAGGCCGCGCCGCAUCGUCGUAGGCAUCACCGGCGCCACGGGAACCGUAUACGCCACCCGGAUCCUGUCCAUACUACAACGGCUAGGCGUCGAGACACACCUCGUCAUAAGCAAAUGGGCCCUCGCAACAAUGAAGUACGAGACGACGGCGUCCGAGGCAGACAUCCACGCCCUCGCCAGCAGGAGCUACGUCGUCAAGGACCUCUCCGCGCCCAUCGCAUCAGGCUCCUUCCAGCACGACGGCAUGAUCAUCGUCCCCUGCAGCAUGAAGACGCUGGCCGCGGUGCGGACCGGCUUCUGCGACGACCUGAUAUCCCGCGCCGCCGACGUGACCCUCAAGGAGGGCCGGAAGCUCCUCCUCGCCGUGCGCGAGACGCCCCUGAGCGACGUGCACCUCGACAAUAUGCUGUUCCUGCGGCGCGCGGGGGCUGUCAUAUUUCCGCCUGUUCCUGCCUUUUACACGCGGCCCAAGAGCAUGGAUGACCUGGUGGACCAGACGGCUGGGAGGAUGCUGGACUCAAUGGGGCUGUUUACGGACGGAUUCAAGCGCUGGGACGGGUUUGAGAGGGACUGA